AUGUUAUCUCACUUGCCUAUACCCAUACAGACAAGACGACAUUACUACGACUUGCCACCAUUGAAGCAGAAAGAUAGAGUUCUAAUGACAUUCACCGUUAAACAAACAAUUGCCAGCUGCGGCGGUAAACUACUAAAACUUACACAUCAAUCACAAUGCACUCGUACCGCAAUGGACCUAAACGUUUACUUACCCAAGCAAUUUUAUAGGCAAGAAGGAGCAUCCAAGAAGAUUCCCACCAUAUAUUACUUAUCUGGUCUAACAUGCACACCACAGAAUGCGUCUGAGAAAGCAUUCUGGCAACCACAAGCUGAUAAGUAUGGAUUUGCUGUUGUAUUUCCUGACACAUCCCCUCGUGGUGAUAAUGUCCCCGAUGAUCCAGCAUCUAGCUGGGAUUUCGGUCAUGGAGCAGGGUUCUAUUUAAAUGCUACCAGAGACCCUUUCAUGGAGAACUAUCAGAUGAAGGCGUAUGUUUACGAGGAAUUACCCAAGUUGUUGAGUCAAGAUGUUGAAUUAUUUCAAGGGAAAGUAGAUUUCUUAGGGAACAUUGCCAUUUCAGGUCAUUCGAUGGGUGGUAUGGGUGCUCUGAACGGUAUAUUCAAUUAUUAUAACAAGUAUGUUUCUUGUUCUGCCUUUGCACCCGUGGUGAGCCCAUCAACAGUUCCAUGGGGUAAGAAAGCAUUCAGUGGAUACUUGCAAGAGCAAAAAGAAUGGGCACAGUAUGACCCUUGUGAAUUAGUCAAAAACGUGGAGAAUUCUAAUGAGAAGAAUAUCUUAAUUCAUGUGGGUUCUAAUGAUCCAUUCAUGGAACAGUUGAAACCUGCAUUGUUCUUGGAAAACGUCAAAGGAACUUCUUGGGAGAAGCAUGUGGACUUAAACAUCGUGGAAGGUUUUGAUCACUCUUACUACUUUAUAUCAACAUUUGUUCCAGAACAUGCCAAGUUCCACGCCAAAUAUUUGGGACUUCUAGACUGA